CUUCACAGAGUCUUCUCCUCUCCGUGAAGAACAAUGCUCUGUAUCAAAGCCGAAGCUCUUCAUGAAGAUCAAAACUUAGCUUCCUCUUCUUCUUCUCCCAGCACCGAUCGCAGCUUCGGAAAUACCACUUUUCGUCUUCCCAUCAAUUGGGGAAGCUCGAUCCGGAGGUAUUUGAAGAAGACUGGUACAUUCUCGAGAAGAUCUUACUCUUCUGGUGAUGGCUCUUUGUUUUUUCCUGAUCUUGAUGAAAGCAAGAUGCUUGAUCAAACUAGUAGUAGAUUUGAUGGAAAGACCAAACUAUGGUACAAAUGUGAGCUUGAACAAGAUAUUAAGAGAUUGCAGCAGCAAUUACAAGAGGAGAUUAACUUACGGUUAGCUCUAACUAGCGCAGUUGAGCAUUCUAGUUCGCCAUUUAUGGAUUCGCCUUGUGAACUUCCUGAUAAGGCACAAGAGCUUUUGGAUAGCUUAGCGAUACUGGAAAUCACGGUGUCAAAGCUUGAGCAAGAAUCAGUUUCCUUGAGGUAUCUACUUAGGCAAGAGAAAAACGAGCGGCGCCUCUCUGAGAUUCUACAAAAGAAGGCUCAUUAUUCUGCUCCCUCAAAGUUCACUAAUGCUCAAAAUUUCCCUAACAAGUUGGUGACAAGGAAAAGAGAGAGUAAACAAGUGGAUUCUUUGGAUAGUGAAGCUUCACAAGUAGAAUGAAGAAGCAAAGGGUGAUUAUAUGAUCUUAGGCAUAGCCAUAUUGGCUGAUCAACUCUAUGAGCAAACUCUUUCUCCUCUUGACGCAAAGAGUUUUGUAAGUUUCCUCAUCCCUUUGGUGCUAGAAUCGCCUUUCAAACUCACCAAGCUGGUCCCUGAGCAUCUCUUCA